UUGCUGGUUGGCCAGCUAGAAAUGACGACACACAUGUGCGGAAGCAUUUCAGCAGAGAUGUGUACUUUUGUUAGGCAGUAUAAACAAUCUCUGAUAUUUUACAACAUUAUCAGAUGUUAUUGUAUGAAUUUUGAUUAUUUAAUCUAGUUAAUGACAAACUAGCAAAGCAAUCAAGACGCUAUCAAAAUGUCUGCCAUUUGCAACUGUACCGAGCAUGUCAACAAACUCAACCAGCAGAUAUCUGUCAUGCGAAAAUAAAUAAAAAAUCUCAGGUAUUCAAAUGUCCAACAACCCUGAACACUCACUGGUCGGCCUGGACAACUACUCUCAUGUCUGGGUCAUCUUCCUGUUCCAUAAGAAUGGCCACCUGAGUUAUAAGGCUAAGGUGAAGCCACCCAGACUCAACGGCCAGAGGGUUGGGAUGUACUCCACACGUAGCCCCCACCGGCCCAACGCCCUGGGUCUGACCCUGGCCAAGCUGGACAGAGUCACAGGUGACACACUUCAUCUGAGUGAGAUAGACAUGAUCGAAGGCACCCCUGUCCUCGAUAUCAAACCCUACAUCUCUGACUAUGACUCCCCACACAGUAGACUGGACAUUGACACAGAUACUUAUGACUCUGGCGUCCAACCUGAGAGCACCAGUGUACCAACAAAAGAGGGGACCACCAGUGUGGAGACGCUGCAAUCAGACUCAGUAGCUUCUUUCUCCUGUACUGUUGAUCCCCAGUUGGACUUGGGGGUUGAGAGGCAGGAUAGUCAUAGCGCAGACCCCAGAAUACUCCACUCAAAAGACAAAUCCAAAGCUCACAUCCUACGUCCAGGCGAUGCCUCCAGCUCUUCUGCUCCGAAAGCCCUGGGCAAAGACCUCACCACUGUGCUGGGGGAGCUCAAGGCCUACAUCAGCGAGGGAGAUGACUGCCUCACCCUGGGGAGCUCUGUAGGAAAGUCUCAGGCUUCAGAUGGCCCUAAAGCCAAGCCUUUGGAGCCAGUGGAGGAUAGUGCUAGGCCUUGCUAUGGGGAAGAGGCCUACAGCACCAUCGCUGGCUGGAUCAGGGAGCCUCCUGUGGCCAGUCUGGAGGUGCGCUUCACCCCCCAUGCAGAGAGAGAGCUGGGGGAGUUCCUUGCCACUAUCAAUACAGAAUCUCGUGACCGACCCAGGUUCCGGUUCCUGCACGAUCCAUAGGAGGCUGCGGCCGCCAUCAGAGGGGUCCUAUCUGCUGACCCCAGGUCAGUGUAUUGGAGGAGCCACCGUAAGGACAGACUCUUCUUCUUCACCUUGGACACGGCAGACAUCACCUGCUGGUUCGGACAGGGCUUCGCUGAGGUGCUCCGGGUCGGACUCGUGGCUGUUGGAAAAGAACUGGCCAGCUGAAUGGUUCUGGUUCAGGUUCUAUAUGAUCCUAAUGGUUCUGGUUUUAUGGAUUGAUUUUGGAAUCAGCUCUCAAGAAUUGUUUUACAGGUGAAUCUGAGAAAAUAUGAAUUUGAA